AUGACUUUUUUUUUGCUUGACAACGGUUUAAGGCUGCAUUGACUUUACAAGGAUUCUCUUCUUGUUUUCCCUUAUGAUCCAAAUCAGGGUAAUACCAAAUACCGGAACCAUUCAAAGCUACAACUUCCUCUUUAAACAGGGCAGAUCCGUUUUUACGAUCCCGAAAUGGCCAUAUGCCCAUCCACGUAGCUGCUCAGUAUGGCUUCUCUGCGCUAGUAGAGUUCUACCUGAAAUACGUCUUCUCCGGAUGCGGGGAUCGACGUCGGGGCAUCCCUGUCUUACUCGGAAAUCCGGAUUUCGUCAUGGCUGGAGUUAAUGUUAAGAGUCGUUGUCUGUUAAGAGUGCGUGCUGAUGAAAUCCACAAGUGGCACUUGUGCUGAAAUCCAUAUCCACUUCCAUCCAAAUUUAGUAGACGUCUUGAUCUUGUGACCCUUUUCGAAAAAACAUAGAAAUAUGGGACAUGAACAAUAUGAUGCUUCGCAGCCUGAACAUAAUUUUCUGCCUGAGUCUGAGACAGUUCUAAUUCUCCACCAAGCAGUCAUGAUUCUCACCACAAAAAAGGGGCUGCGGCAUUGGAUCCGGAAACAACGCCGCCAGCCGUCUACGUCCUGCGCAAGACGAUGAUGCAGAACGGCUUCAAUAUCUUCACCCAGGCUUUUCCACCAGGAUAUCUGUCCGUCUUUUCUACGGCUCUGCUUUUUGGAAAAACGGAGAUCUGCGAGCAACUACUACGGUGUGUGCUUGAUGGUACUGAUCACUUGGCGUUGGCUGCGGACGGUUCGUCGCCACGGUCGAGGAUCAAAACAACUGGUUCUUGCAAUACGAAUUAUAGAUUUGCAGCUGCUACGUCGAGUCGUUCGUUAUCUUCGACCACGACUAGACAAAAACCUUCAGAUCAACAACACAGAGGACCGAUGAACAAACAAGCAAGUAGCACUUCUUCCGACGUUCUCACGCAUGACCCAACGCGGCUGUGGCGAAGUCUCUCCAAUGAGGUUAUAUUGGAGUGUGUGGAAGUGAACCCAGCGUUUUUUUACCGUUGGUUCCUGGAACCUAUCGGGUUCUUUCCGUCUAUUACUCCUGGAAAGGGGAGCGCUAAUGCGAUUGCAGCCACAACAAUUAUGGUCAGCUUUUUUCCAUCAUUCUCGGCAUCUUGGUCCCGUCGUCCCUUGUAUUCUCGUGAAAUACAAGGUAAAAGGGGUCAAGAUGAGGGGGCCGAGAUGCAAUCUUGCAGACUCUAAAACAAGACAGCCAAGUACUAGUCCAAGCAACAGCAGAAACAAGAGGACUUCAAGUGCGUCCACCUGUCUGAUCGGAUUUGAUGGUGCGGGAGCUGAAAGUCUCCCGGAUUUCUUCGACGUGCGCACAGACCAAGGGAAUAUCCUUCACCAUCUUCUACGAUCCUCACCUCAAAAAAGCGGCAAGAAUGUCAAUACGUUCGCGCGCAUCGUCGGCACCAUAGUUCUCUGCAUGCAUUUGAGAAAGGCUAGCUUUCUGCAUUUGCUACUCGAGGGUGCAGUGGUACACGGAAACACGCCCCUGGCGUCAGCAUGUGCGCAGACCGAGGCUGUGGCGCAAAGUCGAGAUCUAGACUUGAAAAUCGACAUCGUGUUGCAAAGUUUGACUGCGGUCUUGAUGAAAGAACAAGGACUAGGACAAGCAACAAGUCCUAGUUCUAGUGACACAACUACAGCCAGCUUAUUACAGCUCUAUGUACGAGGACAAAAUACGAAUCGCGUGGACCGGUUGAACGCUAUAGGAGGAACGACUGCCGUUAGAAGUGUGAAGAGUCAAACUUCAUCCGACUUGGAUCUUGGCGGAGAGAAGACUGCAGCUGUAGCAGUCGACCACGGGAGUCCAGAGGAAGCCCAACCCCUUCUCGUUCCCUCUGCGGUAAACCUUCCGCAAAUGGGGUAUCAAAUCCUGGAUCAUUCUGGAACGGUUCUACGACGGCUCAUCGCGCAAUUUGAGCAGAGUCAGAAGAUGAAGAACACCAAGAGCAGUUCACUUCAACAUACGGAGCAAAUCACACCUGAGACCGCAUCAAGCAAAAGCUCCUUCGUUUCUCAACCCUUCAAUUUGCCUCGAAUUCGUGGUUUUCACAGUAGAAACGCGUCUACGCGUCAGUUUCAAAGGGACGGCUUACUUCCCUAUGCUGGCGGAAGCGGAGGGCUUGGAAUUCUGAAACAAUCGCGGACGAGAUCCUCUGUGUCUGCGACAUCAGGACAAGUAGAGACGAUCAAAAGCAACUCCACCGAAGAACUUAAACAACUCGAAGUACUGGAUGAAUUUCUGCGUGUGGUACUUCCUGAAGUACUAGCUCGAUUUACACCUUGUUCUUCUGGAAGGCACGAUGCUGGAGCUGCAGCUGGCGACAGCUCGGCGACCCAAUUACAACAAGCAUCAAAAGUCGAUAAAGUCUUUGACGCAGCGUCCUACGGCAUCGACAUGAAGCAAGCGACCGAGGCGCUGAAAGCAGGUCUGAUGGCAGCUGGGAGUAAGUCGCCAGGCAAGCGAGGAAAUAACAGUCAACAGCAACAAGUCCCUGGCCUCCACUUCGGAUCGCUAGGUGAGAGCUCGUACAAUAUCGAUUGUCCAAUGCUGACUCCCUUUGACGAGCAAAACGUGGUACAUGAAACCGACACCCUCUUGCAUCUGGCGAUUCGCCAUGGUCGGGUUCCUCUUGUGCGUCAACUGUUGGGCUUUUUGGAGGAACAUGGUGUGAUACCAGGGUCUGCUCUGAUGAAGAUGACGGCAGGUAGCGGUAAGAACGUGGUCAAGGACACGACUGCAGCAGCAGCAAAGAAGACGACCAAAAGGAGUCUAUUUUCUUUGCAAGAACAACUGAUGCCCGAGGAUGUUUCUGCACUACAAAACAACCUCGACACCUGUUGGACAGGACAAGAGCAAUUGUUUGAGGAACAAAAGGAUCAGGAUGGACAGGAGGAACAAAGAAGAAGAGGAAGCAGACCUUCUUCUCCCAGCACCUCCAAGAACAAAAGUCCAUCUAAGAUGAACAAGAAUCUAGGCGACGCAGAUUUCCUCCGGACCGUUGCCAGCUUAACCCAAGGUUGCGCAACCGGUCCAUCAGCGGUGAAGAAAAGUGCUGACGAUGCAGCUAUGGACUCGAAUCUGACGAAGGCAGAGCGCAUCAAGCGAGACUUUCUACGUGCUUGUGCUGCUGCGCAGAUGGAGGAGAAUGAAAGGGAGAAGCAGGAGACGGAAGCUGCUGUUGAAGAAGAUGAGGAUGGCCAAGAGGACCAAAAUCCUCUUAGUCCUCGCUCAGCCGCUAAACGACGGGCACACCAGAAGAGCCUUGAGAGAAGUCGAACAAUUUUAGAGUGUCCUUCCAUCACGGGAUGUACGCCAUUGCACGUGGCUGCAGUGCAUUCCAGAGCAGGCGACGCUGUAGGAAUCGCUGAAAUGUUGAGAAAGCAGGCUGGAAACUCGAAUUCCGAAGAUUUGCUGCUUCGUCGAGAGCAGCAAGAAGGGCUCACAGCAGCUGCGAUGGCGAAGACUGAUGAUAACCAGAAGGCGUUUGGUGCUUCGAAGUAGAUCGGGAUAUCAGAUCUAGAUCCACAUUAGGUACACCAACAGCAAGAUAAUAGAUGCCAAGACAACAUCAAGUAGCUCAUCAAGCAUUUACACGUACUUACAACUCAAUACUUUUACCCGAUAUGAUCCAUCUUAUCAUUGCUUACACGACUCACCGGUACUGGUACUACAACAUCAUGUGAGACCGAGACUCUAGUUUGAUUCUGCUUCCUUCUUGUAUGCUUAGAAAAUUCACAAGAGAACAGGAAAAACGAGAGAAAGUAAUAAUCAUCACCUAUUGAUUUACGGCAC